GACAUUUCUUGCUUCGUUGGCGGUCCUUUAAUACGUUCACAUUGGCAUGUACCACCGGUGGUACACACCUAAUUUAUAGCAUUAACAUAAAUCAAUAUUAAAUGUAUUAUUUAUUAAAUUAUUUAUUUACAUUUAUCCACAAUUAGCAAAUGAAGGCAGAAGAUUAAAGACGUAACAAACGAAUGCAUUUCAACAUUAUUUUUGCGAACAUUGUUAUUAUUACGAGGUACGAUUAAACGUAUAGAAACAUGUCCCGACGUGAAUAUGUUACCACUUUGUGACGAAAUGUUUGCGGCUUGCAAACCUAAUUUAUCUAUUAUUCCUCGUAUUUGCAAUGUGGUUUCAAUCUGCAAACACUCUUCGGUUGUGUCAAGAAGUUCUUGUUAUUAUUUUGAAACAAACAAUGAAUUCAUACUGCCAUUUUGAUCAGUGUGUGAGACUAUUUCGACGAACAUUGUGGUUUUGGUGCUAUUCAUGAUUCAGGAGUUGCGUGUCACGAAAAGUUAAUUUUAAUGCAAUUGUGAUGAUCUUUGAAAUUUUGGUACAAUCAAAUGUAAAUCGAAAGUGCGGUAUAAAACUAUCUGUACAGCUUCAUUUUUUAGGGAAAGAGCAAAUGUGUAAAUCGAAUGCAAGCAAAUUGAUACUAAUAAUAUUAGUAAUAGUAUUAUCAAAAGUGUAAGUACUUGAUACUUAUAUUCGGUGAUAAUUGGUAUAUAUAACACAUUGUUUUCUUAUGCCUGAAAUCGUCCUUUUAUGGUUAAUUGUUAUAAGCCAUUAUGGAACGAAUCAUCUGAAAUGAUGGUCUAAUGUUAAAACGCUACCACAUUAAAUCGGUAUUCUUAUAAUACGUUCUGAAGCUAUCAGUGGCCAUUCGACGUAUUACGAAAUUGCUGAUGCUGAUUUGAUAUUUCGUAAAACUUUUUUUAUCCUUAUCUGUAAAUACAUAUCAAUGAAACAAAAUAUAGGCCGAGGCUGAAAGUCUCAUGGAAGUGGUUAACGGACUUCCGUUUCUGUGUGUGCUUGUAGUUAUAAACGUGAGCAAUGUCACUAUUUGGUUUCUGUCAUUACUAGUUAUUUUUCCUUACGACGAGCGUACUUACAUAUCAUUACUCUGAUUUUGUAUCUAAUAAAUUACUUCUUUACAGACAAUACUAUUAGUUUUCAAGAUUCGCGUGCGUCAAUGCAGACGAUCGCGGAAUCGGUUACGCGCUGUUCAUCCUUGGUGUCCAUCCGCGUGUGUGCCGGUCCAUUGAGAUUAAGUAUCCAGACUCGUGGUAGACUGGUUUUGAUGAAAGAAAGGGGAAAAAAUGGAAAUCAUGGAUGAGAAGGGCGCAAAGGACAAGCUGGACAUGGGCAAGCUGGACAUGGACAAACUGGACAUGGACAAACUGGAAGCGGUCGAGGAGGUGGUGAUCAAGGACCCUUCCGUCGACACCACCGACAAAAAAGCUCAAAAGUACAAACAGUCGAACACGUUCGCGGCGAAAAAGACUGUCGCCCAGGGGAUGAUGGACGUAGCCCUAAUCACUGCGAACGCGAAUCAACUGAGGUAUCUAAUCGAGUAUCAACAGGAGAGCCCCACCUUCGUCAUCAUAUUGAGCCUGAUCGUAAUCAGUUUAGCGCUGCAGGUCGCCGUGGGAGUCAGUCUGAUCUUCAAGGGUCGUUUCGACAUUAAAGGGAAAUCGAACUCUCUCAGCGCCCAGAAGAUCAACAACUACGUCGUGGUGGGUGUUUUCCUCAUAACGAUCAUCAACGUCUUCAUUGCUGCGUUCAGCGUAUCGACGCCCUCCACGCAACCCCAAAUUCCGGAGACAUAAUCGGCAAGCUUGCGAUUGAACUCCAUCUCGCCUAUUGAUCCAGCUCUCUGUUUUCUUCAUUUUUCAUGAUUAUUAUUAAUAUCGUUAUUAAUAUUAUUAUUAUCACUAUUGUUAUCGCUAUAGUAACAUGAAAAUUAUGUUCUUUUGUUUCCGUUCGAGAUUACCGUGAUAAGAUACGCGAAACUGACCGUACCGGGCAGAUUUAUACGCUAGUUUUGUAACUCGUUAAAAUUGCAGCGCAAUUAGAGAUAAAUUUCCUAUUUAUAACGAUCGAUCAAUCGAUCUCUCUUUUUUUAUCCAUUUUGUAUCAUAAAAUGUAAGCUCUACUAUGGGAAUAAUACAAUUGUAUCAUAUAGAAAAAUCAAUAAAUUAUUCAUACCAUCAACGGCCGCGUAACUGUUCUCUUUUAAUUAUGCAAAACGCAUAUUAAUCGUUAAUAAUUGAACGAUUGGUCGAUGAAUGUUAUGUUUAAUUUGGAUCGUGAAAAUCGAGUGAAAUCCCGGGAGUCCGUUACUCGACGGUGAAGCUACUUCGGGAACAUUCAAGAUUUCGGAAAGUUUGUCUUUUAUUACAGCAGCGUGAUCACUUUGAAUGUAAUGUUUUAUUACUUCAAGACCUAUUUCCAUUAUCCUUUACAAAAUUAUUUGAAUUUCCCUUUCGUUCGUUUCGAAUUGUAAAUUCAAAUACAGGUGACAUGUCAUUUCAUUUCAUUUCAGUUCAUUUCAUUUCAUUUCAUUCUUUUUUCUUUUUUUGCUAAUGUUCUACUAUUCCUACAAUCCUGAUAUGUGGUUUUGCUUCACUCCCUUUUGGUCGUUUCGCGUCGAAUGAGCUCAGAAAUCUCGAUUCCUCGGUUCCUUCAAGCUCCGCGCCUACGCAUCUCGUUCAAUCCACGCCCGUAGCAAACACAUCAUUCAACCCGUUGGAUCUUGUUCACUCGCAACUCAAUAUUCCACGAUACAUAAAAUGCUGAUCGUUAAAUAAAUAAUACAAACAUUACUUGAACGUAUUCUCGACGUCCUCGCUGUAUGUACCUAUAUGUACACAUUAACAAAUUACAUUAAUCUUACAGAAGUGCCAUUUCUGUAUACUUGUGUUUCUUCUUCUUGA